AACUGUUGCAGAGCAGUGUCUGUUGGUGAGAAGUAUACUUUUGUGUCAUUAUGUAAGGAAGCCUGUCGCAAUGUCUCUCUUAGAACAUGUGGCAGCCAAAAUCUAAUUUACUGAGAGAACCGCAGGAAGAGACACGCUGAAGCUGUGCGAAAGACAUAAAAGAGCCUGUCACACAGAGCGAACACUCUACAAGGAAGGCCUUGAGUUAAAUUCAGAAGACCAUCAAUGGAUAUCACCCCACUGAUCCUCGUCUUUAUUCUCAUUAUUGAUGCUGUUGCACAGAGAACUUUUGUAUGGCAGGAGACUGGAAGUCCUUCCUGUGUCCGUUGCUGUGACAAUCCGGAGAAGCCUGGAUACCCGUCAAACAGCAAAGUUAAGGAAUACAUAUCUUACUCUGUACCCCGGGUACAAGCACGGAUAGAUAUGACUAUUCUCAAAGGUUCCAAGGGCGAACGGGGUGGUGGAGGAGAUCCAGGAGCUGCAGGAGAACGUGGUGUCACAGGACCACAAGGUCCUCCAGGGAUGAAAGGACAGAAAGGACAAACAGGACCCUCCGGGAACUCCUGUAAGCACGAGUAUUCUGCAUUCUCCGUGGCCCGCCGCAAAUCCAUUCACAGCUCGGACUAUUUCCAACCUGUUAUCUUCGACACAGAAUUUGUAAACUUGUAUGAGCAUUUCAAUAUGUUCUCUGGAAAUUUUGUAUGUUACAAUCCUGGUAUUUACUUCUUCAACUUGAAUGUCCACACCUGGAACUUAAAAGAGACCUACCUGCACAUCAUGAGGAAUGACCAGGAGAUGGCUAUUCUGUAUGCACAGCCCAGUGACCGAAGCAUCAUGCAGAGCCAGAGUCUGAUGCUCCAACUACAAGAGAAAGACGAGGUGUGGGUGAGAAUGUUUAAACGAGAACGGGAGAAUGCCUUAUACAAUGAUGAAUUUGAUGUCUAUAUUAUCUUUAAUGGAUAUUUGGUCAAACCAGCUGUAGACUAAUUAGUAUAUUUUGUGUUAAAGUUGUAACAACCAGGACCAUUACCUGGAAGGUAAGCAAUGGCAUGUCCAUUUCUUCAUAAUGGUGCAAAACACACAUCUAGUCUCCAGAGUAGUGGGAUUGGUGGUGUUUUGGUUCUAACUAAUAUAAUCAAUGUAAAACCUAUGUAUAAUUUUACUAUUUUUGUUUGGUAUUCAGUAAAGAUGUGUUAGAACAAACCUUAUUAUGAGGGUGAAAAUGAUUCAUACUGCAGAUCUUACAAUUUGAUGAAGGCCAACUUGACCUAGAACACUCAUUAAAGUCAAAUUAAAAAAAAAACAGAUUAUAUCUGACCUUGUAUAGUUCAUAAUGCUGAAAAAUGCACGAAUCAAUCAACUUUAAAAUAGAAAAAAAAUGUUAACUGGAAUUGCAGUUUUGUCUUAUAGGUUAUAACAAUUAUUAUUGACAAACAGGUAACGUAAGCUUUUCCGGGGUCAAUGGUAGAUUGCAUAUGUGUUUUAUUUUACCCUAAUCACCAUAACAACCAAGGCUCAAUGCCGUAGUAAUAUUUCAGUGCUCGAUGUGGUUUAUAACCACAGAAAUCUUUCAGUGUUUAUAACGAUAAAACUGUUCUUUGGAUCAGUGAUAUCAAAAUAGUUUACUACUUCUUCGGCAAUCCAAGAUCC